AUGGCUCCAAAGAAGGGAAAGGGAGAGGACGGACCAAAGGCUGCACCGCUGAUUGGAAGGUUUGGCACCUCGUUGAAAAUAGGAAUCGUCGGCCUACCCAACGUUGGGAAGUCGACCUUUUUCAAUGUGCUGACAAAGAGUCAAGCGGCAGCGGAAAAUUUCCCCUUCUGCACCAUUGACCCAAAUGAAAGCAGAGUGCCCAUUCCCGAUGAACGCUAUGAUUUCCUCUGCCAAUUCCACAAGCCAGCCAGCAAAAUCUCAGCCUUCCUUAAUGUUGUGGACAUUGCCGGCCUGGUCAAAGGUGCUCAUGCUGGCCAAGGCUUAGGAAAUGCCUUCCUGUCCCACAUCAGCGCGUGUGAUGGCAUCUUCCAUAUGACACGUGCGUUUGAGGAUGAGGAUAUCAUCCAUGUGGAGGGGACGGUGGACCCGGUGAGGGACAUGGAGAUCAUCCACGAGGAGCUCAGGCUGAAGGACGAGGAGAUGAUCGGGCCUAUUAUUGACAAGCUGGAGAAGACGGCCAUUAGAGGUGGCGACAAGAAACUCAAACCUGAAUAUGACAUAAUGUGCAAAAUCAAGAGCUGGGUCGUGGAUGAAAAGAAGCAUGUUCGUUACUAUCACGAUUGGAAUGACAAGGAGAUCGAAGUGUUGAACAAAUACUUGUUUUUGACAUCCAAACCGAUGAUUUACCUCGUCAACCUCUCGGAGAAAGAUUACAUCAGGAGAAAGAACAAGUGGUUGGCGAAAAUCAAGGAGUGGGUGGACGCUCAUGACCCCGGAGCCUUGGUCAUCCCCUUCAGCGGCGGCGUGGAGAGCAAGCUGCAGGAUAUGAGCGAAGAAGAGAGACAGAAGUACUGCACGGAGCACAAGACACAGAGUGUCCUGACCAAAAUCAUCAAGACGGGCUACUCAGCCCUGCAGCUCGAGUAUUUCUUCACUGCUGGACCAGAUGAGGUCCGUGCCUGGACCAUUCGGAAAGGCACGAAGGCUCCGCAGGCUGCAGGGAAGAUCCAUACGGACUUCGAGAAGGGCUUCAUUAUGGCGGAAGUAAUGAAAUUCCAGGAUUUUAAAGAGGAAGGCAGUGAGAACGCUGUCAAGGCAGCAGGGAAGUACAGACAGCAGGGGCGGAACUACGUGGUGGAGGACGGUGACGUCAUCUUCUUCAAGUUCAACGCACCCAACGCGCCGAAGAAGAAGUGACGCCGCUCUGCGGUCUGCGGGCGGCUGUUGGCGGACUGCUUUGUUUACCAACGGACCCUCUUCUUCUUGCCUGGUUCUGAAUCCAGACGGCCGCCUUCCGGGCCCCGCUCGGCC